CAUUUACCUCAAUAGUACUUGUCGAUGUCUUUCGGGAUAGAACGCACAUAUAUGACUGGUAAUCGGUUAGGUAAAAUGGCGCACUUUCUCUCAGGUGUUACUUUGGCCUUAUCUGGUUGUUUAUUCGUCCAACUUUUUGCCACAGAGAUUCAGGCGGAAGGAAGUGUUGGUCAGUUGUCAUCCAGGAAGGCAGACAAUGUCUCGGCUAUCCUGAACACACUAUUGGAUGGCUACGACAAGAGGCUAAGACCAAACUUCGGGGGUGUCUCUGUUCCUGUAAACAUCAGUAUGUACGUCUAUAGCAUCGGCCCAGUGUCUGAGGCCCAGAUGCAAUACACGCUGGACGUGUACUUCCGGCAACAGUGGACAGACGAACGACUGCGAUUCGUCGGUGACGUCAGUGUGCUGUCGCUGAACUCGGAAAUGGUGGACCGACUCUGGGUACCGGACACUUACUUUGUCAAUGAGAAGUCGGCAAAGUUUCACACUGUCCUCUAUAAGAACACGCUCAUUCGAAUGGACCCGGCUGGAAAUAUUCUUUAUAGCACCAGGUUGACUGUGACAGCCAGCUGUUACAUGAAUCUCGCAUUCUUCCCCAUGGAUAAACAGCGAUGCUCCCUAACUAUGGAAAGCUAUGCUUAUAGUGAUAAUCACGUUCAUUACCACUGGAUCCCCUCUGGCCCCAUCUACGUGGACGAGGCGGUCACUCUGCCUCAGUUCCAAUUUCUGGGUAGCGGUCACCGAACCAACACAGCGCAGUACUACGUCGGUAACUAUUCUCAGCUGAUAGCGGACUUCUACCUGGGUCGUGAGAUCUCCUACUACCUGAUCAACGUCUACCUGCCAGCCACACUGAUUGUCAUCGUCUCCUGGGUGUCCUUCUGGAUUCCCCGAUCAUCUACACCGGCCCGCACUGCGCUGGGGAUCACCACGGUGCUGACCAUGACCACUCUGAUCGGCAACGCGGGCUCCUCGCUGCCCAAACUGUCCUACAUCAAGGCGGUAGAUCUCUACCUGGAGAUGUGCUACUUUUUUGUCUUCGCGGCCUUGCUGGAGUUCGCUCUGGUCAGCUACUAUGAGAAGUCGUGUUUUAAGGAGGCACGUCAGCGGCUGAAAGAGGCGGCAGAGAAUGCCAACUCCCCGGCGUCUAAGAGCUCUGGAUCACCCAAUAGUGUCUACAGCGUCGACAAAAGGCAGGAUGAGAUUGAGAUAACUUUUGUAAACGAGAAUGCCUUAACGGCGGCCAACCUCUCCCGAACCGAGAGAGUCAACCGAGGGGGUGCCAGGCGGAGCUCGUACAUCCGUGCCGCGGAGCGCGGUCCACCGCCCACCCGGGCCUCCGCUAAGCAGCCCUCCACGCCCCGACAACGCCAGGAGGUCAGUCAGUGCGAGGAGAUGUGUGGGCCCAAGUGUGCCGACUUCGGCGAGGUGGGCCUGGACCCGAGCAAGGUGGACAUGAACUCCAGGAAGUUCUUCCCGCUAACGUUUGUGGUGCUGAAGAUCGCCUACUGGGCUUACUAUGUGACGGUGACAAGCGGUGGUGUGGACGACUUGAUCGCUGAUGUUGAACAGUCAUGACAACCCAGGCAGUUAGGGUUUUAAUGCCUUGAAUCUUGAAAUGUGUUUUCAACCCGCUUAUGUUUAAAUGUUUAAGUAUGUUCUAAAACAAAUCAGUGUACGUCAUUGUUCGAAUUUUCUUGCAAAUAUGCCGUAAAAAUCCCAAUCUCUUUUAAUUGGAAAAAAAUGUGUUUACAACUGUUUUCAGUGGAUCGCUAAGAAAUUCCUAGCGUGUAUGAGCGGCACAAGGUGGCGCUGUUUAAAAAAUCUGCUACUCGCUUGCAGUAACGUCAGCGGCGAUGUUUAAAUUACACGUUUGGUGAAAAAGUUCUGUAAAAAGUAUUCAAUCCUUGCAAAAUCAUUAACCAAGUUUGUUUCUUUGUUGUGUGAUAACACUUUUGUUAAUCUUCUCUAAGCAUGGAAUCAAUUAUCAUCUCUGUGAUGCAAUGAAUAUCAGGUGGGAAAGGGGCAGGAAUUUGGCAAAAUUGGUCCCCCGCGGACGAAUACUUCUAUACUACUGCUAAAAUGUUGUUUUGAAACUUGCUACAAUUAAGCUUGCUUCUUGUAAACAUCGAGCGAAUUAUAACUUCAUGACAAAUAAACUAGCA